AUGGGGCAGCUCCUACAGACCCUCUGCUUCCUCCUCCUCCUCAUCACCUCCUGCCCCUGCGCCGUCAUCACCGGGGCCUGCGAGCGGGACCCGCAGUGCGGCCGCGGGACCUGCUGUGCCAUCAGCCUCUGGCUGCGGGGGCUCGGGCAGGAGGGGGACGAGUGCCACCCCUUCAGUCACAAGGUCCCUUUCUUUGGGAAGCGCCAGCACCACACCUGCCCGUGUUUGCCCAACUUCGUCUGCUCCAGGUUCCUCGACGGCCGCUACCGCUGCUCCAUCGACUUCAAGAACAUCGAUUUUUAG